CAAACGUGGCACUUCGGGACGACGCAAACUACCUCGCCGGAGAGGAGCCGAUUCCGACGGAGCUACUGCCGGAGCUGAUGCCGAAACAUGUGGCGGUGAUUAUGGAUGGGAAUGGGAGGUGGGCGAAGCUGAGGGGGAUGCCGCCGUCAGCGGGUCACGAAGCCGGUGUGCAGUCACUGAGAAAGCUCUUGAGGUUGUGCUGCAGCUGGGGGAUAAAAGUUCUCACGGUUUUUGCCUUUUCCACUGAUAACUGGGUUCGCCCAAAGAUCGAGGUUGAUUUUUUGUUGAGUCUAUUUGAAAGAACAAUAAACUCCCAAGUUGAAGUUUUUAAGAGGGAAGGAAUUCGAAUAUCUGUGAUUGGAGAUUCAUCAAAGCUACCAAAGUCUCUAAAGAGAAUGAUACUUAAUGCAGAGGAGAUGACGAAGGAUAAUUCGAGACUACAACUCAUUGUGGCACUUAGCUACAGUGGGAAAUAUGAUGUUGUCCAAGCAUGUAAAAGUGUGGCUAAGAAAGUCAAAGAUGGCCUCGUUCAAUUGGAAGACAUCAAUGAAAACAUUUUUGAACAGGAACUGGAAACUAACUGUACUCAGUUUCCUAACCCUGAUCUGCUUAUAAGGACUAGUGGCGAACUUAGGGUUAGUAACUUCUUGUUAUGGCAAUUGGCCUACACUGAACUGGUCUUUAAUGGAAAACACUGGCCAGAUUUUGGGAAGGAUGAGUUUGUAGAGGCAUUAAGUUCAUUUCAGAAGAGACAGAGACGCUUUGGUGGACGGCAUUCAUAAUCAUCUCUGUUUGCAAUGUGGUGCAUUUAUAUCAUAUGCAUUAAAUUG